AAAACUGCAAUGUACAGUGGUAUUUGCCGGUGGCUCCUUUCACGUAAAACGCUCGCGUUCCAGUCUUGUCUUUCUCUUCGAAGACGGAUCAGGAUCGACAUGGUGAGACGAGAACAAUGGAAAACAACGAUAGAAUGUUGUACGUGAGUUCGUAGAAGAAAUAGAGAAAGAAAGACAAAGAUAAAAGGUGUCCAUGGCGGAGGUUUGAGUGAACAUCCUAAGUUCAUCCUCCUCACUUUCACUUUAACUCGUAUCGUCGUGUCGUAGAUAGUCUAUACGUUCAACCGGUGAUCUUAUCCAUAUUAUUCAAAACCUCUUCUCGGAAAUCUCAACUCGAUUGUGUUUUUCGGAAUGGAAGUCCGAGUCGAAUCGUGGAUCCUCGGAGUUGUUCUACAUUACACUGUAUUCAUCGUUCUUGUACAUCCUGAAGAAGUUUUCAAUACGACACCUCCGCCAUUGAGAACAAAUUUUUCCUGUUUCGGUAGAGCCAUGGGAUUCUAUGCAGACGUUGAGGCCGACUGCAAGGUUUAUCACACGUGCGACGAUCAUGGUAACAAGUUCAGCUAUCGUUGCCCGGAAGAAACUGCUUUCCGACAGGAUGCUUUGAUCUGUGAUCACGCGAGACUCGUCGAUUGUCGUGCUACUACUUACGACGACAAAAAGUCGCUUCGCGGAAGUAGAAGCGAAGAAGAGAGCUUAGGUUUGAACGUACCUUCGCUCUUCAAUAUUCCACCGCCGUUGGAUAAUUCGAACAAUCAUCGUUCCUUUUCUAGAUCCUUCCAGGUGAUUCAACGUCCCGACAAAUCAUCGACUGAUAAGACACAACCUGGCUUUGUUUUUAGUGCCAGUGUUUUCUUGAGAAAUCAGCAAGAUCACGAUCUCCAUAGGAAAUCAAUGAACAAACAAGAGACUGAAUCUAUAUUAGAUCAAUCUCGAUGCAAUCGUAAUGAAGAGCAUAAAACGACAGGGUCCAGUUCGAAAAAUCAGGUCUCUCAUUUUUCUUCGACUCCUCGUCCCUUUUCUCGUGAUUCUUAUAAACAGGACUCUUCUUUGCCCAAUCGAUUUCCAAGUUUCACGAGGUCAGAUUCAGAAACAAAGAAUUUACUUGGUCGAACGUUCGUCAAUGUGCCAAUGAUUUCCGCAAAAACUCAGCCACCUCGAAAGGAUUUUUUCCAUACUACUACUGUCUUCUCUUUAAGCACGAAACUCCCAACGAACGAUAUUCCCAGACUCAACUCGAACACUUACAACAAUAGAGAUUACCCUUAUUUUGAAACGCUCAGGUCGAUCCAAGCCAAUGCUAUGAGCACGAGCACGCCAAGAACAACGAUAGCCACCACAGAAAUUCCUGUUCAUGCUCUUACUAUGUCUUUGAAACCCUUAGUACCCAACGAACUGGAAUACGAUCCCUAUUAUCCAAGGAUACCUACGUCUACAGAAGCUUAUUACACCGCUAGCCACCUCAACAAAGAUUCCGAAUCCUUUCGGUUUACGACGCAACCACCUUGGUCAGGUAUUCACUUUGAAAUACCAGCUGUUUUACCUGAUCUUAACACUUUAGAAGAUCUCGUAGAUCGUCGAAAGUUAUUCUAUAUUCCCCGUGUUACCAGACAUUAAUUUCAAUGUAUAAUUUAUAUUUUAAAAACUAAACUGUUAAAAAGAGAAAA